UUGUUGCUCUGCGGAACAAUGCAGGGGUUGAUAGUAUUUACAGACAUAACUUGGUUUUUCCGCGAGUGUGUUUGACGGGACAAGAGACGCGGUUGUCUCUUAAUAAAUGAGCUGAGCGGCUAGAAGCUAAGCUAACGAAAUGGGUGUGAAGGGUCUUCAGUCCUUUAUGGAGCGCUGCUGCCCAGAAGCCUGUGUGACAGUGAACCUGAGAGAGAUGGCCAGACAACAUGCUGCCAAAAGCCAGCAAAGUUCAACAACCACAGCUAACACCACCACUCCCACUCUUGUUGUGGAUGGUAUGGCAUGCCUGCGUCACUGGUACUCAUGUAAGGACUGGGUGUGUGGUGGCCAGUGGAAGGGAUACAUGGAUGUUCUGAAGAGAUGGGUGGAGGCUUUUAAUGCUGCAGGCAUCAGACUGGUCUUUUUCUUUGAUGGAGUGGUAGAAGAGCAGAAGAGACAGGAGUGGGUGAAGAGGAGACACAGAGUGAAUGGGGAGAUUUCUAAAAUGUUUCGCUACAUCAAGCAGCACGGAGUGCAGCCUGGUAGAGAGCUCUUUUGUCUGCCCUCUGGUCUGGCAACAUUCACACGCUUUGCUCUGAGUUCCUUGGGUCAGGAAGUGUAUUGCUCAGUGCGGGAGGCGGACUAUGAGAUUACCAACUACGCUCGUCAGCAUGGCAGCAUGGGCAUUCUGGGACAGGACUCUGACUUUAUCAUAUAUGACAGUGCCCCCUAUUUGUCUGUGACCAAGCUGUGGAUGAAAGGCCUCACGACUGUCAUGUACGACCGGCAGCGGCUCUGUAAAACCCUUGGACUGUUGGUUACCCAGCUACCACUGCUAGCCUGUCUCCUCGGCAAUGAUGUCGUGUCAGAGGAGCGAAUGCGGCACAUCAGGAACACUGCCAUGGAAACUUACAGGAAAAGCAAUCCCACACCACACCCUGGAGCUCCUCAGGGGCAGGUGGUGCUCGCAGUAUCCCAGCUUGUCAGCUCUAUGUGGAGCAGAGAGGAGGAACAAACUGGACUUUUCCCACAGUCUCUAAAUCUGUCGGUUCCUGACAGAGAGCUCCUCAUGAGGGGAGUUUGCUCCUACCUUUUACCUGGACAGAGUGCUCUUGGGCUAGGUGACAUUUCUGUACUUCCCUCUGCCUUUGAAAAACAUGUGAGCCCAGAAAUAUUAAAGGCAUGUAGAGAGAAGCAUGUAGCAGCAGAGGGUUUCAUGGUUUACAGUGUUGUGUGUGAGGGAGUCACUGAAUGUAGCAAUACUCUGGAGGACGAAGAGGACGCUGAAUUGCUACCUCAGGCCCUCGUCUACAAGCCCUGCAGACAACGCAUCUAUGGUCUGCUGCUGCUCAGGCAGGAUGGCAACAUUGUGGAUAUUCCAGCAAUCAAGGAAUGGUUUGUCUACCCUGGAAACCCUUUGAAGGAGCCUGACAUGGUCCAACCUGUCCCAGUCCGCCUCCCAUGUGUUCAACCCACUCUGGACUUACUAUGGUUUAGCACUGGUCCUGAGGUUUCUGCUCUUCGUCUGAAAACUUUCCUUUCAAUUUUUGACUGCCUCGACAUCUCAGAGUUGUAUGGAGCCACUGAAGACUCUCUCCUGGCUGCACUCUGUCUGGUCACGUACAUUGCACUACAGGUACAAACUUUGUCUCAAGAGGACGUGGAUGCCUACCUGAGUCAGGCUGUAUGUCUGAGACUAAAAUCCCUGCAGGAGCUUCAGCGGAUUGAGCUGCCUUUCCUCUCCAGUCGUGCGGUGCAGCUGGGAUCUCUCUACAUCCGAGGACUGAGCCACCUGCUGGGUGCUAACUGUGCCAGCGGCUGCCCGCUGCCCAGCGCUGCCCUGAUGCCUUGGCACAGCUUCGAUGGUCGUCUGUUUCACUCAAAGUACCUGCUGGCACACAGCGGCGCAGAGAAUACUGAGCUGCUGGACAGCGACCCGUCCUGCUUGUCUGCAUUUCUUCAGCUGAGGGAGAAACUCAUAGAAACCUGCAGGAAGAGAGGCAGAGUCCUGCAGUCCAGACCCAACACACCAAAGCAAAGUCUUACAACCACAACAGGAGCCAUUUACAGAGACAGACACGCAGGUUGUCCUCCAGGUGGUGAUGAGGGCUGGAGGGAAAGAGGAGGGACGACAGGAGGUCAUCGACAUGAACGAGGAUGGAGGGAGAGAGGAGAGGAAAGGAGAGACCGAAGCCAGUAUGAAAACAGAGAGAGACUGUGGGAAACAGGAGGACACAGAGGAGGAGGAGGCCAGUAUUUUCAUUCAUUUCAGCCAAACUACCACGAUGGAGGAGCGCAGAUCAUGAACCGCCCUCCAAAACAGUCCAGAGGUCGAUCGUAUAACAACAGAGGAAGAUACCAGCUGGCUCCAAGAUGGCAGCAGCCUCCAGCUCCAGGACCAUAACUCGACCCUGAACAGGGAGCAGACAAGCAAAGGAUUAGAGAGGAGGACUUUAGGGAUUUAGGAGGAUGGGAAAGACAUCAUGAAAGGAGGGAAAGAAUCUAAUUUCUCUGAACAAACUGAUUAGUGAAUGACCCGUCAGGAAUGUUUGUCCAAAGGAUGCAGUAGGUGGAAAAAUGGGGAUUAAGAGGAGGCCGAAUGAAGAGAUUAAGAACUUAUCAUCUGAUUUGCCAGUUUAGCCUGAAUUGGUCUCCAAAUAAUCCUGUGGAGAUACUUUUGAAGUCCAUCACCAGCUUCUGCUUUAUCCCAGGACGACGUACCUGCUUUACUGUGACAGAAAAUCAUCAAGUAUGAAGGAGACGCCAUCAAACAAACACAAAAUGAACCACUUUAAAGUUGCACUGAGAAGUGGAUUAAGCCUGUUUCCAUUUCUUAUCUUUGACAGUAAAAAGGCGAAGAUCUUAAAGGCUGUGUGUAUCCAGUGGGGUAAUCCUUUUAGAGGAAUGGGUUUACUGAGAGAAACAGUAGAGCUGGUAUCAAAUAUCAAAUGAAACAGGACAUCAGUGCCUCUGAUUAAUGCACCUCUGUAAUGGGAUACCAUUUGUGAUGUGUCAGAAACAAAGCGAGGCCACUAGAGCUGCUGUUUUUCACACAUAACUGCUGGUCGUCUGUAAUUAAUACUAAUGGAGAAGGACAUAUUUUUCUUUUUUUUUUUUUUACUGUGAAAAUAAAUCAUGUAUGUUUCUAGAAGCUUUAAGUUGCCAAAAUAUUUAGUUAUAUCUUCUGAUUUUUAUGAUUUUUAAAAAACUCUUUCAACCAUUUUACACUUAUUUUCAAAUGUUAUGUGUUUUUAGCUAAAAUGUUAGAAUUCUAUUGGAUCUUGCAUCUGAAAGGCCUUGAUAGUCCCCAAACUGUUUACUUUAACAAAUCUAAAUCUCAAAGACAGGGACAUUUGUGAAAUUAGUAACCUGAAUCACUGAGUAUUUGUUGUGAAAAUCCAACUUGAUUUCAUCAUUUAAAUCCCAAGAACGCUUCUGAAACGUCAUUGAACGGCAGUGAAGCCGACCUGUUAGUGCUUAGUAACAGCUUUAAGUAUUUUCACAGGAAGGAUGCCACUUUCAUUGAGUGUGUGAGGAUCAAGUUGCUGUUGCAUGUGUGAGUGUGUUUAAGUUGUGUUUGCUGGCCUGAUGAGGAAUGUAUGGUCUGUAUAGUCAGGCUGACCGUCUUCCUGUAACACCAUGGAUGUUGUAAGACCCACCAGGGAGGAAAAGGAUGUAGAGAAAGUGCUCUCAUUCCUGUUUCUGUGUGUGUCUAUAAGCUCAGCAGAAAUGAAAUGUAACGGUGAUUUACUCAGCAAAUGAUAAAAAAUGGAGGGAAAUCAGAUUGUUGAUCCAGUGAUGGUGAAGCAUAGCAACAGAAUUUAUCUACUCAAGUUCAAAGAUCCACUCAGGGCUGCUCUAGAACUGAAGUAAAGUCAGUGUGUUUCAUGAAAGAUGAAACAUACAUAGUAAGAAGACACUUGGAAGAACCGGGGUGAUGAAAACUGAUAUUGAAUAUAGUAAAAGUUUGUACAGGAACAGUUAAGCUUUUUUAAAAAGUUUUUAAAGUGUUUGAUGUAUGAUCUCAUAUCUGCAGGGCCGCUGGGUGCAAAUGAACUGAAUGCAGCAUCAGAGUUUCAGAUUAGGAACAAGUAGUUGUAUAGUUUACUGGAGAACAGUAGAGAGGCUUUAGUAGUUUUAGCUUUUCUGUUGGGCUGUCGGUGUUAUGUUUCUAUAGUUUAUAAGGAAAUGGACUGAAGAUAAAUGCUUGAUGAAUGCAAUAAAGAUUGAUGCUGAAACAAUUAAUGCCAACAGUAGAGGAUGAGUAAAGAUCUUGAAAAUUUAACCACAAAAUAGAAAUCACAAGUAUUUUGCUGCACUGUCACAUUUACAUAUUUUAAGCCGAAGUUAUUCAAAUAAACUUUUAUUCUAACAACA